AUGAAUAUGGUUUUAAGAAGUACUGCUAGACCAUUUUGUCGGUUGUUAUCAACAUCAUCGGUGAAACAAUGUGCACAACCGCCCAAGUUGAAACCGAAGAAGUCAUUCGGCCCAAUCACAUGGAAAUCGAUGACUGUAACUGCUAUAGCAGGAGGAGGAUUAACAGCCUUUAUGUUAUAUGUUAGGAAAGAAAAACAAGAUGCACUGGAUCGCGAAAGAAAGAGGCAAUUGGGUAAAGCAAAAAUUGGAGGGACAUUUGAACUGGUUGAUUCGCAGGGUAAAACAGUCAAGAGCAGUGAUUUCCUUGGUAAAUGGUUGCUAAUAUAUUUCGGCUUUACCCAUUGCCCUGAUAUUUGCCCCGACGAGCUGGAGAAGUUAGCAGAAGUAGUUGAUAAACAUGACAAUACUCCCUCUUCACCACCAUUACAGCCUUUAUUCAUUUCAGUAGAUCCACAGAGGGAUACACCAGAAAUCGUUGGAAAGUACUGCAAGGAAUUCACCCCACGGCUGCUUGGGCUAACGGGAACUAAAGAACAAGUUCAGCAAGCUUGCAAAUCAUAUAGGGUAUACUUUAGUUCAGGCCCACAAGAUGUUGAUAAUGAUUAUAUUGUGGAUCACACAAUUAUAAUAUACUUGGUAGAUCCAGAUGGAGAGUUCGUGGAUUAUUAUGGACAGAAUAGAAAUGCAAAGGAAAUCCAUGAAUCGAUGCUUGUAAAUAUUAAAAAAUAUGAACUUUCAAAAAAAUCUUCAUGGUUU